UCAUAACACAGCUGCCAGCAUCGCCCGGGUGCCACCAACAAGCGUGCAUUGUGCAUUAAUAGGGAACUAGACGGUUUCAAACAGAGUCAAAUCAAACCCAUUAGUUACCAACCUGGCGGCCAGCGAUCAUCACUUGCGAAUCGCGAUGGCUUCCAAUCCCCGCCCUAAACACGAAGACCCAUCUUUCCAAAUCGAUCAUAGAUCCAUUUCCUUUCUCUUCCUUCCAUCGACACUCGUACUCUCGUAUCUACUUGUGCCUUUUACAAAAUCGUACAUUACAGACAGAAGUUUUCUCAUGUCCGUUUUCUUGACUUUGCACAGCCGUCUUACAAAAAUGGUUUCGAUCAGCCCGUGUCUCAUGCACCUCGGAUCCAAUACACCUCAAUCGAUAAAGGUUCCGCUGAGAUCGUAAGACGAGGACUAAGGCGAACCCCACUGCAUGGCUGGCUCCCAACAGGUCAGAGAAGGCCUGCUGGCGCGACCGUUGGGGAGCGGUAGGCGAGAGCCCCUUUCAAUCUGUUCAGAAUUUC